AUGUGUGUGCGUUUGUGUAUCUACACAAACGCACACACACAUCAACAUCCAAACAAAAUUUGCGGCGAUGAUACACCUAGUCACAGGUUGAAAAAUAGCCACAAAAUUUGUUACAUUGGGCAUAGAAAAUGGUUACCAAUCAAUCAUCCAUAUAGGAGGCAACGUGAAGCUUUUAAUGGGAAACCUGAAUAUGACACGCCUCCCGAGCCAUUAACCGAAGAAAAAGUGUUGCAUAUGGUUGAAGAUGGUGACAGAGUUUGUUGGAAGAAGAAAUCAAUAUUCUUUGAUCUCGAGUAUUGGAAAUACCUUCCUGUGAGGCAUGUCCUAGAUGUUAUGCACAUUGAGAAGAAUGUUUGCGACAGUAUCAUUGGUACAUUGCUGGAGAUCCUUGGAAAAAAUAAAGAUGGGAUUGCUGCUCGAUUAGAUUUAUUGAACAUGGGGGUCAAAACUGAUUUGCAACCCGAGUAUGGAGAAAGACGUACUCGUUUGCCUCCCGGGCCUUGGAAUUUGUCAAGAGCAGAGAAGAGAGAGGCUUGCAAUUCUUUAUAUGGUAUGAAGGUCCCUGAAGGUUAUUCUUCAAAUAUAAAAAAUCUUGUAUCUUUACAAGAUUCAAGACUUCUUGGCCUUAAAUCACAAGAUUGUCAUACCUUAAUGCAACAAUUGCUCCAUGUGGCAAUUCGUUCUGUUUUGGAGAAGCCUGUAAGGUAUGCAAUAACUCGUUUGUGCUUCUUCUUCAAUGUUAUAUGUGCAAAGACGGUUGAUGUUUCCAAGCUAGAUAAGUUGGAAGAAGAUGUAGUAGUUACUUUGUGUUUGCUUGAGAAGUACUUUCCCCCUUCAUUCUUUGAUAUCAUGGUUCAUCUGGUAGUACAUCUUGUCAGAGAAGUUCGUCUAUGUGGGCCAGUAUAUUUUAGAUGGAUGUAUCCGUUUGAAAGAUAUAUGAAAGUGCUAAAGGGGUAUGUUCAUAAUCGUACUCGUCUCGAAGGUUGCAUUGCUGAGCGAUACAUAGCUGAAGAAGCUGUAGAGUUUUGUACCGAGCAUUUAUCUGAUGUUAGUACAGUUGAAGUGCCUUCAAGCCCAAAGAUGGGAGUUUCAAAGCCAUUAUAA